AUGUACGGCCCAGGACGCCUGCCCCUGGGCAAGGCGGCGGUCGGCACACACUUGCUGCUACUGCUGCUGCUCUUCGCUGCAACAAGUCUUCCCCCUAUUGGCUACAAUCUCCACCCGGUUUCGCAGCGAGGCCCGGCGUCGUUUACGAACGAAGCCGCGAUCUUCAACUCUACAGCCACGAUUACCGCGAUGGCGCCAGUGCCUUUAGGAUCCCGUCCAGUAGGUUCUACUGUGAUCGCUUCCACAGCUUCCACGUCUCUCACUGAGUCGGUCCAGAUCCUGACAACAGUCGACCCCUCGUGUGAGCAUGAGGCGGUCGCCGACCUCCUGACUCCCCGCGGUGGCAGCUCGACGACCAUGUUGCCUAGCUGGACAUCAACUGCUGCAACCCCGGUCUCAACGCCUACUCCCGAAGAUCUUCCCGACGCACCGCCAGACCUCCCCGCCUUCGCCUGCCCUGAGUUGGGCUCAACCACGGACGACCCCGAGUUUACCUGGGUAUCCCCGCUCACGCCAUACUCUUUUUCCGACGAGUUCCAGGAACGAUACGGAGGGCUACUCGCGGGCUACCGAGGCGACGACCUGUCGGAUCCAGAGGAUAACGACGUUUGCGACUUGGAUGAAUCUCAACAGCAAGGUUAUACAGAAGAUAUGCCUUGGGCCCAGUUCUCGGAUACGUCUGCCUCAGAUCUCCUUGAUGAAACUCAAAUUCACGAGCAGCCAAGGUUUACCAUUAAUCCAACGGUGAUUGAUCCGCGGGUCGGCAUGUCUGUGCCGCCGGCGGACAUGCACUUUCCGUUGGAUUGCCUGGCAAAGCCUAAAGGGAGGCGCGGCAGGCACGAUCAGCCACAUCUCUACCCAGCUCUAGCUCUACGCCCAUUGAGCAGCGACAUCCUGGUGAGGCUUUGGUCAGAACUAGACUCUGAACUCGAGUCCUACGGUGAAGAUCCUGCAGAUUUCUCGACCAAGAUCUCCAAGGCAAAGAAACUGGAACGUUUGAGGCGGCUCGACUGGAAGAACCCAGAUGAACCGGACGAGCCUUGA